GUGUCCUUUUACUCCCGUGACGUAAUUAGUUCCACGUUGACGUUUGUGAGAAUUGUGAUAAACAAUAAUAUAAUAAUAAAUAAAUACACAUUGUUGUGCAAAAUGAAGCCGAAAAUAUAAUGUAUUGUGAGGUUUAAUGAACAUUGUUAUAAAGUAUAUAUUGUUUGUUGAAAGAUAUUGUAGUGAAUAUGUCGGUGCCGAUGGAUAUUAAUCUGAUGGACUUUUUGUUGACGAAAAGUGAUGAUGACAAGUUCACGACCGGCUUGAAAGGCGAUUCGGAUGGUGCUAAUAAUUUUAUGGAGGAUGACAUCUGUUGGGCAGGCGCCGACGAUCUCCUGGACGGAAUCUUUUCGCUGGACGGAGUAGAUCCGGCUCUGGAUAUUCUGAAUUUACCAACAAUAGAUGCUCCGGAUUCCUUAGGUCUACCUCAGAUCUCGGAUAUCUUCCAGGAUGAUAAUAAGAUACAAAUCCAGGACGACGAGGAACAAGUUGUAAACUCCUCCAGUUCUGAUCAUGUGUCGUCUGAUGGAGGGACAUCGGAUAGUGGACAUUGUAGUGACAUUGAUGUGGUCGAUGCUCCCCAAAUCGAUUGCACCAAUGGAAUCAUUCCUCUGGACGAAGACGAAGAGAUCAGUCCAGCCUACAGUCCGGCGGUGUCCAGCCCAGGGCCUUCAGUCAGUGAAGUAGGUGUGGUAUAUUCACCAGAUCAUGCCAGCUCUGUGUUGACAUCUGGUUCUUCGGGAGAUUCUGAUGAUAUGUGCAGUUCUGUUAACGAGAGCAUACAGGUCACGCCGGAGAAGAGGUCCAGAAAUAGAAAUCACCAAUCAGCACCAAGAAUCAUAAACCUCCAAUCCCAGAAACCUCUACAGUAUGGCAGAAAGCAAAACUACGGCAUCACCAAAAGUAAUUCAGGAACCAACACCUACACCAUAUCGUCUGCACCGAAUAUGAACCAAUCAUCAUCAUCAUCUUCAAACAACCAGAACGUCAGGAAAGUCAUCAGAUUGUCGACUGUCAAUUCUGGAAACACAAACAACCCCAGGUCGAUCCUUUUGCCUGUCACCAUCAAGGAUAUGAAGGAUUUGAGGACUAUUAAAAUUAUAAACGCUUCGGGGUUGAAGAAGACGUCUGCUGGGAUCAAAUUGGCUGCUGCUAAUCUUCUGCAGCAGGGGAAGCAGGGGUUGUUGAAGAAUAAUGUUGUUUUGACGCAGCAACAACUUGGAUUAGAUGAUUCCUUUAGUGAGAAAGGCUGCAACAGUGAUGACUCUGUAUUGUACGAUGAGCAUUACGAAGAAGAAGGUGAAUCAGCAUACCCUCGUCUGGUGUUGACGGCAGAGGAGCAAAGACUGCUAAUAAAAGAAGGCAUCACCCUACCAUCGAAUUAUCCGCUCACGAAACACGAAGAGCGCGAACUGAAACGCAUCAGGCGCAAAAUCAGGAACAAGAUCAGCGCCCAGGAUUCGAGGAAACGCAAGAAGGAAUACGUCGAUGGAUUGGAAGACAGGGUGAAACAAUGCACUGAAGAAAAUCAGUCCUUGAUGAAGAGGAUUAAAGUUUUGCAAAAUCAAAACCAAUCGUUGGCUACUCAGCUGAGAAAGUUACAUUCUAUGUUGGCAAAGGGCACAAACAAGACAACGCAGCCUGCAACCUGCCUAAUGGUCCUCUUGCUGAGUAUGGCCUUGAUAGCAGUUCCGUCCCUGCGUCCAGGCGGCACCAGCGUCGCCUCGCAGCAGGAACUGGCAGCGCAGCAGCGGCAGCAGUCGGAGGCGCAGCAGAGAGGAGAAAAUAUGAUGGCCUCGACCAGAAGAUCGCUUCUGUACACGAACGCUCAAGGUUACAUGGAAGAGCCCAUCGACGACGAUCUCAACAUGGACGACCUCCUCACUUUCCACUCGGAUCACGACUAUCCGGUGAUCAUGAAAAGGGCAUCGAAGCCCGAAACGACUGCCAACGGUUCGCCCAGAAAACGCGUCCUUAUAGACCUACCCGUCGACGACACCUGGCCGCCGCCCAAGAUGAAAAAGUACGACAAGAACGACGAAAUGGGCGUUCUUUACGACGAGGAAUCCCUGGACGUUAAAUCUGAAGUCGAGUACGAUUAUUAUUAUCCGGAUGGGACUCUGGAACCGGACGGGGUUAUUAAUAUGUACGAUCCUUUGGAGGAGAUGCUGGAAGGGCCUGGUUCUGUUUACACGAUUGGAGGUAAGAUCGGAGAGCUUUUGGAUGUUGGUGUUCAGCAGGUGAGUGAGGUAGAGAUGAUUGGUGUCGAUGCCAAAAAUAAGUCGAAGAAGGUUGAGGUCAACCAGGGGGUCGUUGUGCAGGUCACCGAGGGGAAAAGAUAAAUGAUGGUUAGAGAUCCGGAUUAACUCGUAUUAGCCGGCUGUACUAAUACGUAGUACAGUAAUUAUAGAUUUUGAAACUUUUUAAUAGUUUGUUUAAUGUGGAUAAAAUAUUUGUCAAAAAAACUCUUGGGCUAGUGAAGGGUCCGCCAUAUAACAUUUUUUAUUGGUAACAAUUUAAAAUUUUUGACAGCCAUUAAAAAGUUAGACAGCCAUUUCAAUGAUUUAUUAACCAGAAGGAUUGCACUUUCAAAUAGAAAAGAUUUCAAUUGAGAAAAUAUUUAUAGUUUAUAUAUAGUAUUUUCAAAAAAAAAGUUAUCUGACGGACCCUAUAUUAGUUAUGAGGUGAAUUAAGAUAUAUUGAAAUAUAUAUUAGGAUGGUCCUUAAGGGGCACAACUAG